UUGCAGGUGGGGGGUAGGCCGCCGGCCGCCCAACGGCCACCAAUGCCGGCUGCAAAAUCUCCCAUCGCUGUGUCUGAAGCGAUGCAAGAGGAUCUCUCAAUCCACACCGAUACAAUUUUUCUACCAUGUGAGAUUGUGAGAAUUUGGAUGCCAGCAAUUGCCAGGCUCAGAUCAGGAAUUAAUCGGAGUAGGUGCUCAUGUCGUCAUGGCAAAGUUCUUCAGGAAUCGGGGCAGGAAUCUUUUAUUCACAUGAUCACAUCAUUAAACAGUAGUCAUAGAAUCCAGAAUUCUACGGUCUGGGCCGAAAUUUUAAUCCUUUUUAGAUUUCAUAAAAUUAUGCGAUUGUUCUCUGUAUCUUUAAACUCCCACGGACGGCGUCUCGCUCGUACAAAACGCAUCAAGAUUCGUGCCAGAUCAGGCCACAUCUCAAAGAGUAGACCGGGCGGCGGUACUGUCCACAGCGAGGCUCCGCCGGCGGCGAGGGGUUUCCGGCGAACGGCCCAUCGCGAUGGGGAAGCCAGAGCUAGCCGAGUUCGCGCGCGACCGCCACGUGCUGUUUCUGGAGGUCAUGGCGUCCGAGCUCCCGCCGGACUACGCCCCGCAGGAGGUCAACCACCUCACCCUCGCCUACUUCGCCGUCGCCGGCCUGUCCCUCCUCCGGGAGCUCGACCGGGUUAACAAGGAUCAAAUAGCUAAAUGGAUUUUGUCUUUUCAAGUACUUCCUGAGACAGACAGUGAAUUAGAUAAUGAACAAUUUUAUGGAUUCUGCGGUUCUAGGACAACUCAAUUUCCCUCAACUGACGUGAAGGACCCUUGCCACAAUGUUAGUCAUCUUGCAAGCACUUAUUCUGCCCUUGCUGUCCUGAAGAUUGUUGGUUAUGAUUUAGCAAGCAUUGAUAGUAAGGCUCUUUUGUCCUCAAUGAAAAGACUCCAACAAUCAGAUGGAAGCUUCAUGCCUACUCAUAUUGGUGCAGAAACAGACCUACGGUUUGUAUACUGUGCAGCUGCAAUAUGCUCGAUGUUUAAAGAUUGGACAGGAAUAGACAAGGAAAAGGCCAAGCAAUACAUUCUUGAUUGCCAGUCAUAUGAUGGUGGCUUUGGCUUGGUUCCUGGUUCAGAAUCUCAUGGUGGAGGGACUUUCUGUGCUGUUGCAGCUUUGUGUCUGAUGGGUUUCAUUCAAGAUGAUUUGGCAUCAAAUUUACGAGAACCAGCACCAAUUGAUGUACGCUUGCUCCUGGAGUGGUGUCUGCAGAGACAAGUGGCAGAUGGGGGAUUUCAAGGAAGAAGAAACAAGCUCAGUGACACAUGCUAUGCAUUUUGGAUUGGAGGUGUCCUAAAGAUCAUUGGUGCAUACCACUUAAUCGAUCAUGAUGCUUUACGCAGCUUUUUGCUCUCUUGCCAAUCGCCUGUAAUGACUUCCUCUCUUAUCAUCUCAAACUUUUCACAUACUGAUCAAGUCACAUCCUUACUGAUCAUAUCUGCUCUUGUUUGCUGUGCAACAGUAUGGAGGUUUCACGAAGUUUUUGCACGAUCAAUUCCCGGACAUCUACCAUUCUUACUAUGGACUUGCUGCUCUUUCCUUGUUGGAAGAGGAAGGGCUCGAGCCACUCUGCACCGAACUGGGGAUCCUAUCUGCUGCAUUAUAGCCUGGGGUUGGUUCAUCUGCUGUAUCCAAUCAACUGAUCAAGUUAUAGUAUUCUGUAAAGUCCAUUCUUGUAAUCUAGUGCAGCAUACGCCUGAAAAAAAUUCAAGUAAUUUAUACAGUUCGUUGAUCCGUGUUGCUUUCAAUUGUUUCUUUGUUUAGUUAGGUAGGUAGGUCAUGCAACAUUGUCCUGAAUAAUGAUUGUGAAGUAGAGGAAGGAGCAUUCUAUAAAGGCUAUCUUGUUUUCAGUUAGCUGAACUACCUGUGACAGUUGAGUUAGAUGAACAACUUUAUCACUAGGAAAGCUAUUGAAAACAACUUAGCAUGUACCAGCUGGUAAAAAAAGAACAUCUUAUUAUGUUUCUUGAUGUGCUUCCCUUGUACUUAUGGCUGAUUAAUUCUGGUAGUGACAGACGUUGAUGUACAUGUAGACUUUCAUUUCUCUGAUAGCCCAUCAGGUUAACAGCAUAAAGUGCUGUUUCUUGAAUCAGUUAGAAAUGAUAAAUCUUUACUG